GUCUGGUUUUUGACUGUGUUGAUGGUGCUGGUGGUGGCUGGGGGGAGAAGGGCCUACACUGGCUGUGUCUGAGAGCAGACAAACUUGCGUAGUCUUGCCACGGUUCUCGCUGUGUGCCUGCCUCUCUCUGUGAACGUCCGGAGGAGAGAAGAGGAAACGGGAAUUGUUGUCGUCGGGACUGCAGCGCCUUUCCAGGGCCUAGCGAUGAUUUAAUCACGGAAAACCGGGGUGUGGGGGUAAAAGGAGAAGGAGAAAGACGACGGGAGCGCGAGAGGAGAGAGAGGAGCAGCCUCAGCCGAUAGAGAUGUGCGGUCGGGCCGAGAUUGCGGCGGUAUCCCUGUCUAGGCCUGGACUGAGCAGAUUGUUCUGAGAGGAAACUGACAACAAACAGGGGAAGUGAACAUGGCUGGGACCUCGGGCUUCUUUUCCAACGGACCUGUUCCGUGGAUGGACAACGACACAGAGAUGAACAACCUGUACCGAGACUUGGAGCUAGGAACAGUACUGACGCUGUUUUAUUCUAAGAAGUCCCAGCGGCCAGAGAGACGGACAUUUCAAGUCAAGCUGGAGACCAGGACUAUUAUCUGGACUCGGGGCACAGAUAAAAUAGAAGGAGAGAUUGACAUUCGAGAGAUCAAGGAAAUCCGUCCCGGACAGAAGUCACGGGACUUUGACCGCUAUGUGGAGGACUCAGCAGCGCGGCUGGACCAGGCUCACUGCUUUGUCAUCCUGUACGGCACAGAGUUUCGCCUUAAAUCACUCAGCCUGGCAGCAACGUCUGAUGAAGAGAUGACCAUGUGGGUGAAGGGGUUAAACUGGCUUGUGGCCGACACACUGAAGUCCCCGACACCGCUCCAGAUAGAGAGAUGGUUACGUAAGCAGUUCUACGCCGUUGAUCGCAAUAGAGAAGACAGUGUAUCAUCUAGAGCAAGAAGACUAGCUACACCAGGCUGGAUAUCCUGUAAGGAUCUGAAGAGCAUGCUGAGCCAGGUCAACUACAGGGUGCCCAACAUGCGGUUCCUCCGAGAGAAGCUUCCGGACUCAGAGAUGAGGAAUGGAGACGUGUCCUUCAGCCAGUUUGCCCAGCUCUAUCGCAGCCUCAUGUUUGAUGCUCAGAAAAACAUGGAGAUCCCGUUUCUACAGAGGUUCAUUGACAGACCAGAACAGAGGAUCUCCCUUGACGACUUCAAGAGCUUCCUCCUGGAGUCUCAAAAGGAAAUGUGGGCCACAGACAACAGCAAGGUUCAGGAGUUUAUGUUCAGCUACCUGAAAGACCCCCUGAGAGAAGUGGAGCAGCCUUAUUUCCACCAAGACGAGCUCCUGACAUACCUGUUCUCCAAAGAGAACAGCAUCUGGGAUUCCUCCCUGGACCAGGUGUGUCCUGAGAAUAUGAACAACCCCCUGUCCCACUACUGGAUCUCCUCUUCGCACAACACCUACCUGACGGGAGACCAGUUUUCCAGUGAAUCGUCCCUGGAGGCGUACGCUCGCUGUCUUAGGAUGGGCUGCCGCUGUAUUGAAUUGGACUGCUGGGAUGGUCCAGAUGGAAUGCCAGUCAUCUACCACGGACACACCCUCACAACAAAAAUCAAGUUUUGUGAUGUCUUGACCACCAUCAAAGAGCAUGCCUUCGUCACAUCCGACUAUCCCAUCAUCCUGUCCAUCGAGGACCACUGUAGUAUUGUGCAGCAGAGAAAUAUGGCCACUUACUUUAAAAAGGUGUUUGGAGAGAUGCUACUGACCAAGGCGGUGGAUAUCGCGGCAGAUGGCCUUCCCUCACCCACCCUGCUCAAGAGGAAGAUCCUCAUCAAGCAUAAGAAGCUUGCAGAAGGCAGUGCCUAUGAGGAGGUUUCCACCUCCACUCCCUACUCAGAGAAUGAUAUCAGCAACUCCAUCAAAAAUGGCAUCCUGUACCUGGAAGACCCCAUUAAUCAUGAGUGGUACCCUCAUUUCUUUGUCCUGACAAGCACUAAGAUCUACUACUCAGAAGAGACCUCCAGUAACCAGGGUAACGAUGAUGAGGAGGAGCACAGAGAGGUGUCCAACGGUAUGGACCAGCACGUGACAGAGAAAUGGUUCCAUGGGAAGCUGGGCGCAGGGCGGGACGGGCGGCAGAUAGCCGAGAGGUUACUGUCUGAGUACUGCCUGGAGACUGGAGCUCCUGAUGGCUCCUUCCUGGUCCGAGAGAGCGAGACCUUUGUGGGAGACUAUACACUGUCUUUCUGGCGUUCAGGGCGGGUGCAGCACUGUCGUAUCCACUCCCGUCAAGAGGCAGGCAGCCCAAAGUUCUACCUGACUGACAACCUGGUGUUUGACACGCUCUUUGCCCUGAUCAACCACUACCAGCAGGUGGCGCUGCGCUGCAACGAGUUUGAGAUGAAGCUGACUGAGCCGGUGCCUCAGACCAAUGCUCACGAGGGCAAAGAGUGGUACCAUGCCAACCUCUCCAGGAGUCAUGCAGAGAACAUGCUGAUGAGGGUUCCUCGUGACGGGGCUUUCCUUGUGAGGAAGAGGGCAGAACCCAACUCGUUUGCCAUUUCCUUCAGGGCAGAGGGAAAGAUAAAGCACUGUCGCGUGCAGCAGGAGGGUCAGACUGUGGUGCUGGGCACCUCAGAGUUUGACAGCCUUGUAGAUCUCAUCAGCUACUAUGAGAAGCAUCCUCUGUACCGCAAAAUGAAACUGCGCUAUCCCAUCAAUGAGGACACACUGGAGAAGAUAGGCACUGCUGAGCCAGACUACGGGUCACUGUACGAGGGCAGGAAUCCAGGCUUUUAUGUGGAGGCCAACCAAAUGCCAACAUUUAAGUGCACGGUGAGAGCCAUGUAUGAGUAUAAAGCCCAGAGGGACGAUGAGCUCUCCUUCACUAAGAAUGCUAUUAUCUCUAAUGUGGACAAACAGGAAGGCGGAUGGUGGAAGGGUGACUGCGGAGGGAAGAAGCAGCUGUGGUUUCCUGCUAACUACGUGGAGGAGACCAGUCCAUCAGCGGCGGAGCCUGACAGAACUCAGGAGAUGACAGAAAACAGCCCUCUGGGAGAUCUGCUGAGAGGAAGUGUGGACGUGUCUUCCUGUCAGAUUGUUGUGCGUCCUGAGGGGAAGGGCAGCAGGCCUCAUGUCUUCUCCCUGGUACCGAAUAACUCCAUGCGGACGGGCCCGGUGCUGGAUGUCGCUGCCAGCAGCCCAGAAGAACUCAAGGAAUGGGUGGUCAAGAUCCGUGAAGUCACAAUGACCUCAGAGGCCAAGCUGGAGGAGGGGAAGAUGAUGGAGAGGAGAAAGAAGAUUGCACUGGAAUUAUCCGACCUGGUCAUCUACUGUAGGCCUGUGCCAUUUGAUGAAGACAAGAUUGGCACAGAGCGGGCCUGUUUUCGGGACAUGUCAUCCUUCCCCGAGACCAAGGCAGAGAAGUACGUCAACAAGAUCAAGGGGAAGAAGUUCCUGCAGUACAAUCGACUGCAGCUAUCCAGGAUCUACCCCAGAGGCCAGAGAUUAGACUCAUCGAACUACGACCCUCUGCCCAUGUGGUUCUGUGGGUCCCAGCUGGUAGCACUCAACUUCCAGACAGCAGAUAAGCCCAUGCAGAUGAACCAGGCUCUGUUCAUGCUGAAUGGAAGGAGUGGCUAUGUCCUUCAGCCGCCCAUCAUGAGGGACGAAAACUUUGAUCCCUUUGACAGACAUACACUACGAGGCCUCGAACAAAUCAUUCUAGAGAUAGAGGUUUUGGGCGCCCGGCACCUGCCCAAGCACGGACGUGGCAUAGUUUGCCCUCUGAUUGAGAUUGAGGUGUGCGGGGCAGAAUAUGACAGUGCCAAGCAAAAAACUGACUCAGAAGCUGAUAACGGUCUGAACCCCACGUGGCCCCGAAAGCCAUUCCAGUUCACAGUGUGCAAUUCUGCCUUUGCCUUCAUGCGCUUUGUGGUUUAUGAGAUUGACAUGUUCAACGACCAAAACUUCCUUGCUCAAGCCACGUUCCCCAUUCACAGCCUCAAGACAGGUUACCGGUCAGUACCUCUGAAGAACAGCUACAAUGAGGAUCUGGAGUUGGCUUCUCUGUUAGUCCACAUGGACAUUAUCACAGGCAGGGAUGAAAAUGGAGAGGUUCUGAGCCCGUUCCUUGCAGUCGGGGCCACAUCAGUGUCGGCAUCUGCCCAAGCAGGGCGGGAACGUUUGGGGAAUUUGAGCUCAGUGUCUUCGACUUCCUCCAACAUGUCUCCUCUGCCCCAGUCGCCGGCCCAGGCUAUGGCCUACAGGGGGAGAGAGGGCUCCUUUGAAUCCCGUUACCAGUCCCCUCUAGAUGACUUCAGGGUGUCCCAGGAGGCACUGUUGGACCACAUGGACCCACAGAACAAAAAGAUGUUGCGGAGUACCAGAGUGGGCGGAGAGAACCGUGUCUAAGUCCAAGCCAAUCAGGACGCAUUUCUGUUGCAUCCCACCGCGCCCCCCCCGCCCCCCUAGUCGCCUCUCCCCGUACUGAUGAUGUCACUGACUGCUGUGAACACUGUUUCCAUGGAAACGCCCACCACCGCUUUGGCCUACAUUUCAGGCAGCUCUCCCUCCCUCCAUUCUCCAACCCCAGCCUCCUCACCACUCGCCUGACGAGAAGGAGGGACUCGGACAUAAGAGGAGAGUGGGGGGGAGGAAGCUGACCGCUGCAGACAGGAAGAAGAAACGGACAUUCACAGGAGAACAAAAAACGAGGCUGAAAAAGUUCCAGCUCUGGACCGGGCGUCUGCAGAGCGGGUUGUCCUGUCUUGUGUUUUAGGCAUGCACAACAGCUGCUUAGUUUGGAGGCUAAGAGGAAGGAAAGAGAAAGUUAUAAAAGAUAUCAGUUUGAAACUGUUUCCCGGUUAAGUUUCUUCUCUUCUCUAUUUGGCGUAUAUGAAUAUAUGUAUUUAUUCCUGCUGUGCUGUUGGUCAGAGAACAGCAGCAGCUGACCUGCUCUCAAAGAGCUCCUGUCUCCAUGUUUUUAAUUAUUAUAAUUAUUUAAACCUUUUAAACAUUCAUAAUGUGACUUUUCAUUUUUUUUAUGUAUAUGUGUAAAACACGAGGGCUCUCUACAGCUAUUUUAACGUCUCUCUUCUCUGCUUUGUGGAGGAAAUUAUGCGCCUCCAGUCUAACUAACCCUAAACCUGGAGGAGUUUUUAAUUCAUUUGUUAGUUUUUUUGAAGGCAUCAGGAAGAAGUCAUAGCCUGUUAGUGUUGGAAGCAGUGAGAGAGCAUGCAGCAUCAUGUGUUAUGUCUGCAUACACACGCGCGCACGCUUUUUUUAAUUUCUAACUUACAUUCCUAAAAACUGCACAUCAUUCCACUUUCCUGCGUUGCAGGUGCCUUUACAAGCCAGUCUGACACAUUCAAACUUCUGUCUCCCUCGAUAGUCUUACCCCUCAAUGAUCAUGUCUGUAGGGUAUCUAACACCACACUGUGUGAUAAAACAGGACCAGGGAAAAACAAAAAAGGUUGUAGUCUGACAGUGAAUGAUAAUUGUCUUCCUAAUUGUCUUUUGCUUGUAUCAUCAAUCAAAUUUUUCAAAUUUGUCAGUGUACCACACUGUAAUUAGGGAAAUUAAGAUUGUAAUACAAUUACAUAAUUAACUUUGCAGCCCUGUGUUUCCAUGAUUUAUGAUAGAAUGUUUCGGAAAUAUGGUUAUUUUUCAAGUCUUAGUAGAAUGAAUGGCCCCUUUUAUUCCGUGUUUUUAAUUAAUUGAGCAUAACUAUUCCCAUAACUGACACACCUUUAUGACUACAGUGGAUAUAAAAAAAUAUCACUGUUAAUUCAGUAUUUUUGAGAUGUAUGUUUUAAUUCUGAGUUUUGAGGUCCUAAGCAAAAGUGUUUUACUGCAACCAGCGUGGUUUAGAUUUUAUUUGUCGACAUCUGUACAAUGGGAGCUCCCCAUGUGAAGAGAAAUUCAGUAUUGUUGACCAACAGUGACCAAGUGAGAAGAUUUGCAAGGUGUAAAGAAAACAUGCCAUGUACUACAUUUUGCUGCACCACAAAGACAUGAAGGACUUUUUGUGUUCGUGCUGCCACUGUGUUCUGGGGAGUUUUGUCACAGCACCAAGCUGCUUCCCAGAAACCUGUGAGGAUUUUAAUUUACACUGCCAUGAUAUACAGUUAAAUUGCCCAAAAAACUCCCCAUGAAUUUAUUUGUGAUGAAAUGUGCAAAAUUGCAGACAAACAACUGGCUCACGGUUCACAUUGAAUGUCAAAAUGCUACACGUCACGAUUCAUCAUUCCCAACUUGAGACUCUCAUUCUGGCUUCUAUUCAUAAAUGUUUGUCUAACUUGUUAAUUAAGACUCCUCUUGAGGUAAAUGCUGGUGCGCUUAACUGUGCACAAAGUUCUCAUUUCCUGCGUUUGUGGUGUGAGAGCGUGGUUGGGAGGAGCAGGCCGAGUCUAAGCUUCAGACUUUGUUGUAGCUGUGUGUCUGUGGCUGAUGGAUGACAAAGGUGCCUGGACGGGGGGUAGAGGUCUGUGGUCUGGGCCUUCAGUGAGCCACAGACGGAGCUCGUAUUUAACCAAUGGUGUUAUCUUUCCAGGUUUGUAUUAGAAACUGUUGCUCGUAUGUGAUGACUAUGUUGUAAACUCAGUAUUCUCACUCAGUGUUUGACCACUGAGACACACCUAAGCCAUAUGGUAUGAUUCAAGUUAAGGUAAAAGCAGGGACAGGAGGGAAUUCUUGAGGUCUCAACAAAACAUUUUUGCAUCUUGUGUGUGCACCCCAAUAUUAAUCCCAAAGCUCCCCCAUAUGACUUUUUUUUUUUUCCCUUCCUGUGAUCGAUGAAUGGUCUUUGUGGAGAGCUCGCGUCUAAUGCUGCAUUGCUCUUAUUGCUGACCUGUCUGCUAAUGUCUAUGUGCCUCCCUCUGUGUACACAUCACAUUAAAGCCACAUCAUUCACCUCCCCAGCCAUGGUACACUCACAUGGUAUCGUAACUCAUUUUGACUGAUGGGACUUUCUCUCAGCACUGUGUGAGCACGUAUAGACCAUGUUUGACUGACAUGUUCUUGACUCUACUGUUCAGUUUGUUGUACUGGUUAUGGCGGGACAACAUAAACUCCCACCAACCUGUAAAGAGGUCUAAUCAACCAGAAUAACUAAGAGCAUCUAUGUGGGUGUGCAGGGUCAUUUGUUUUUGCUUUUUUCCCCUCCAAUCUCGUCUGUUUUGUUAUCAAUGGUCUCAUUUACAAUCGCCUUUCUGUAAUGUGCCUAAACUAUGGAGAGGAAAAGUAUUCAUUUUAAUUUUGCCUUUCAUAUGAAACAUAUUCAAACCUGAAAAGUAAAUAAAAUACUUACUACUUUA